CUGCCUGCCGAUUAGCUGGGACUACAGGGCCACGGUGGCUGAUGCAGCAUGCUGUGGCAUGCCAGAAGCUCAGAGCCACUGUGAUUGGUGCCAAAUUGUGUUCCUGAAUUCAGGAGCCACUGAGGCCUUCCUGCUGUUGAGGAAGAUUUGAAGCCCAAAGCCUCUGACAUUAUCCUGGUGAUGGUGGCCUCUCUGGCUUGUCUGAGCAGUACAGUUCUCCAACAGAGAAAUCGUGAAAAGGACUGAUCAGUUUUUACAGUUCUAAAACCAUGGCCCAUGGUUCAGUGACAUUCAGGGACGUGGCCAUAGACUUUUCACAGGAAGAAUGGGAAUUCUUGGACCCUGCUCAGAGGGACUUAUAUAGGGAUGUAAUGUGGGAGAACUAUAGCAACUUCAUUUCUCUCGCAGGACCGUCCAUUUCUAAACCAGGUGUUAUUACCUUACUGGAUGAAGAAGGGAAGGAACCUGGGAUGAUUGUGAGGGAAGAGACAAGAAGAUACUGUGCUGAUUUGGAGUCCAGAUAUAGGACCAAUGCUUUAUCUCCAGAAAAGGACAUUUAUGAAAUGUAUUCAUUUCAGUGGGAUAUAAUGGAGAGAGUUAAAAGCCAUAGCCUUCAGGGCUCCAUUUUUAGAAAUGAUUGGGAAUGGAAAAGCAAGACUGAAGGGCAAAAGGAACCACAAGAGGAAUAUUUUGGGCAAGUGAAAAUUACCUCUGAAAAAACAACCACCUACAAAAAACACAGUUUUCUUACUGAAUAUCAGAUAAUUCAUAAUGGGGAAAAGUUAUAUGAAUGUAAGGAAUGUAGGAAGACCUUUAUUCGUCGCUCAACACUUAGUCAACACCUGAGAAUUCAUACUGGUGAGAAACCUUAUAAAUGUAAGGAAUGUGGGCAGGCGUUCAGACAGCGUGCACACCUUAUUCGACAUCACAAACUUCAUACUGGUGAGAAACCUUAUGAAUGUAAGGAUUGUGGGAAGGCCUUUACAGUGCUCCAAGAACUUACUCAACAUCAAAGACUUCAUACUGGGGAAAAACCCUAUGAAUGUAAGGAAUGUGGAAAGGCCUUUAGAGUACAUCAGCAACUGGCUCGACAUCAGAGAAUUCACACUGGUGAGAAACCCUAUGAAUGUAAGGAAUGUGGGAAGACCUUUAGACAGUGUACACACCUUACUCGACAUCAGAGACUUCAUACUGCUGAGAAGCUCUAUGAGUGUAAAGAGUGUGGGAAGGCCUUUGUAUGUGGGCCAGACCUUAGAAUACAUCAGAAAAUUCAUUUUGGUGAGAAACCCUAUGAAUGUAAGGAAUGUGGGAAGGCUUUUAGAAUAUGCCAACAACUUACUGUCCAUCAGAGUAUUCAUACUGGUGAGAAACCCUAUGAAUGUAAGGAAUGUGGGAAGACUUUUAGGUUAAGGCAACAACUUGUUCGCCAUCAGAGAAUUCACACUCGUGAGAAACCCUAUGCAUGUACGGAAUGUUGGAAGACGUUUAGUAGUUACUCACAGCUUAUUUCACAUCAGAGCAUUCAUAUUGGUGAGAGACCCUAUGAAUGUGAAGAAUGUGGAAAGGCCUUUAGACUGCUCUCACAGCUGACUCAACAUCAGAGUAUUCAUACUGGUGAGAAACCUUACAAAUGUAAGGAAUGUAGAAAACCUUUCAGAUUGCUGUCACAGCUUACUCAGCAUCAGAGUAUUCAUACCGGUGAGAAACCUUAUGAAUGUAAGGAAUGUGGUAAGGCUUUUAGACUUUAUUCAUUUCUCACUCAACACCAGAGAAUACAUACUGGUGAGAAACCCUACAAAUGUAAGGAAUGUAAGAAAGCCUUUAGACAGCAUUCACACCUUACUCAACAUCAGAAGAUUCAUAAUGGAGUUUAAUAUAAGAAAACCUUCAUUUAUAUAAUAGUUACAGAAGAUCAAAAAAUUCACUUUUGAGAAAAUUUGUUUCAUGCUCAAAACUAAACAUAAGAAAUUUUAUAUUAAAGAAAGAAUAUGUUGCUUUAAAAGAUGUUCCUUACCAUUUAAAUAUGGUUUAUCUGUGGCAAAUUCCUAUGAGAAAAUAAUGUAAUGAAUGUAGAUUAAUCUUUAGCCUUAUCGAUUACUGUCUCCAUUUCACCACUUUCUUAUUGUAUGAUAUUGGACAAUAUACAAAACUUCUGUGCCUCAUUUUGCUCACCUGUAAAAUGGUAGUAAUAGUACAUAUGUAUUAGUUAUUUAUUGCUGUGUAAUAAAUUACCACACACUUAGUAACUUAAAGUAAUACUAAUAUCUUACAAUUUGUAUGCAUCAGGAGUCUAUGACUUAGUUGGGUCCUCUGCUUUAGGAUCUCUCACAAGGCUACAAAGUUUCAGGCAGGGCUGAAAUCUCAUUUGGAGACUUGACUGGAAAGGAUCCACAUCCCAACAAACAUGAUUGUUGCCCAAAUUCAUUUUGUUGAGGCCUGUUGCAUUGAAAUCCUCACUUUCUAGCUGGCUAUUGGCUGAAGGCUGACUGCAGUUCCUUGCCACCGUGGCUUUGUCAACAGGGCAGCUUGCUUCAUCAAGAAUGCAAGCCAAGAAGGAAAUGGAGUCUGCCAGCAAGAUAGAAGUUACAGUCUUUGGAAUUUAAUCAUGGAAGUAACAACUCAUUACCUUGGCUAUCUUCUGCUUAUUAGAAUGUAAGUUACUAGACCAGCCCACAUUCAAGAAAAGGAGAAUAUACAAGAGCAUAAAUACCAGGAGACAGGACUAUUGGGGGCCAAUUUAGAGUCAACCUGCCACGUUGUGUAAAAGAAGUGUUGUAAAGAGUAAUUAGUUAAUACUUGGAAGAAUAAUGGUCAAAUAGCAUGUAUUCUGUAAAUAUUACCUAUAAUUGUUAACAUUGUCAUUAGUAUUAGUGAAUUCAUAUGAAAGGAAGAUCCUACAGAAGCAAUAAAUAGAGAGGUGUCUUCUAUCACCUCUCAGAAUUUAUUAAACAUAAUUUAUUCUAGGUAAAAUCUAGAUUGUAGUAAAUGUAAGAAGUUCUUCAUCACUUGAGCUGCAUCAGAAAGUUCAUGCCAAAAAGAUAGUAUUCGUGAAUGUGAGGUUGUUAGGAGUACAACUGUUGAAGAAUUAGAGAGAAAUAUGAAAUGAUUUUCCUAUAAUUCCAGGAAGCAAAAGGCUCGCAAUCCCCAUUGUCUGUCCAAAGCUCAAGAUUAAUUAGAAAAUAUUUUUAAAAGAUGGCAUAAGAGAAACUAACCACUUAGGAAUUUCGAAUCGUAUGUGUUUGAAAAACUAUGUAAAAGAAAGAAAACAUUCCAUUACAGUCAGUAUACUUUUUGGUGCUCAAGUUGCCCUAUCUU